GCUUUAACUCUUGAAUCAUAUAAUUCACAUUUAUAUACCAUGACUUUCUUUUAGGACCUUCUUGUGGGGACACACACUUCACAAUUCACAAUUUCAUUUUUCAACUCUCAAGAAAACAAGAAUCAUACAUAGAUAGAUGGAGAUGAACCAGAAGAGGAAUGGAGGUGAGGUUCUUGAUGGGUCCAACAUUAUGGAGUUGGUUGGGAAUGAGCAAGGAUUCAGUAAGUAUGUGGACAAUAAGUUUCAUCAACUGGAUAAGGACAGAGAUGGGAAGCUUUCUUUGAAGGAACUCGAGCCGGCUGUGGCCGAUAUCGGGGCGGCUCUUGGUUUGCCUGCUCAGGGAACUACUCCUGACUCUGAUCAUAUCUAUUAUCAGGUGUUGAAUGAAUUUACUCAUGGAAAGCAAGAAAAAGUGAGCAAGAGUGAGUUCAAGGAAGUUCUCUCAGACAUUCUGUUAGGCAUGGCUGCUGGACUGAAGCGAGAUCCGAUUGUUAUACUACGUAUGGACGGGAAAGAUCUCUUCGAGUUUCUUAAUGGUCCCGGUUAUGAUGCCGAAAUGACAUACAUAUUCUCUCAGAUUGGAAACUCGAGUGCAUCACUUCGCGAACAUGUGAUCGAAGCUUUUGGAAGACUCGAUGUUGACCGAGGAAUUCCCCCUACAUCAGAUUCUUGGGUUUUUAACAACAUUGUGGAUCCGGCAUUGUUGUCUCGAGCUUUGGAUAGACCUGUUACUGAUCAAGAGACUUUUAUGGAAGAAUUCAAGAAAGUGGCAUUGAAUGUGGUUGAUUAUCUUAAAGAGAAACCUGUCAUUGUAGCCCAUAGUGAAAACACCUUUGAUGGAAGUGGUGUUAAGAGACUCUUAUCCAACAAGUUUCAAUUAGACAAGACGAUGAACACGACUAUAGAGAAUCUUCCAAAAGACCGAAAUGGAAAAAUUUUGACGCACUAUUUGCGCGUGGCACUAGACGUGGUUUCUCCGUCUGCUGGUUUACCUCCGGUCGGUGCAAUUGAAGAGAUGGAUAAAGCAAUUCAUGAAGCUUUUAAGACGGUGAGUAAUGCAGACGACGCGAAUGCAACGGUUAAAGAAGAAGAAUUCAAGAAAAUUUUAACUGAUAUACUGGAGAGUAUCAUGUUGCAGUUAGAAGAAAGUCCUAUUGCUAUUUCUUCAAAUUCUGUUGUGCAUGAACCUCUAAGCUCAUCUUCUACACUUUUGCACCCAUCUUAAUUCUAGUUCUUGUGAAACAACACAUGCGUAACCGGUUAAAAACUAAGUACAACAUUUAUUUACUUAUGCAAAUUGUUACGUCCAUCAUCCGCGCCUCUGCAGUCUGAUGUCUCCGCACAACUAUCAACUGAGCUGCGUCCCUGCAGUCUGAUGUCUUUGCACAGCUAUCAACUGAGCUGCCUUAAUAGGACUAUGUCCAUCAUAUUUUAUCUAUCUUAUAUUAAGUGUUACAUUUGAAAUAUUUAUUUGUCCAGUGUCACUUAUAUUAUGAUUUUAAAAUAUGAAUUAUUGCUAUUGUUAUGGAUUUUCA